AUGGGAUGCAUGGGCAUCAUCGCUCUAAUCCUCACAUUAGUUCAGCACUACUCGGUGGAUCUUCCUCAUCGAAUGCAGGUGAUGAAGCAAAACUGUUAUCUGUGUUGUGACCGCAUUAAUUGGGGAAAAUUCACUCUGGGGAAUCACCCAUGUAAAAUCCUAUAAUUCAUCUUAAAAAUCUAAGUUUUUCAUUUAACUUUGGGAUCUCCGUUCCAACGCGUUCCCUCCUAAUUCCACCAUUGACCCUUUUGGAUAUCACAUUUCCUUCAUUAUGUCCCAGACUUCAAUGUUACUUCACAAAGCACAUACCUCACAGGAUGCGACAGGGCCCCUGUCAAACUCCCAAAAUGGGACAGUAUUCAACAAUAAUAUGGGACAGUAGGUCCUCAAAAAUGUCCCAACAUUAAAAUGGGACGUUAUCAAAAACGUAUAUUUCAUUGAUUCUCCCAGUAAGGACAACGUUACUUUUAGUCCCUCUCUCUCUCUCUCUCUCUCUCUCUCUCUCUCUCUCUCUCUCUCUCUCUCUCUCUCUCUCUCUCUCUCUCUCUCUCUCUCUCUCUCUCUCUCUCUCUCUCUCUCUCUCUCUCUCUCUCUCUCUCUCGCUCUCUCUCUCUCUCUCUCUGUUGAUAUUUGACUUCUCUGUCUCUGUGUGUCCUUCAGUAUGGGAUGGUGUUUGAUGCUGGAUCCACACACACUUCUCUCUACAUGUACCGCUGGCCUGGCAACAAAGAAAACAACACUGGGGUGGUGUCACAGAUGCUGGUCUGUGAUGUUGACGGUCAGUGCUGAGUGUUGUCAGUGAACGAUUAUUACUACUCUAUUAUUUUAUCUCUUAGGGGUGAAUCCUAACUUCUACGUAAGUCAAAUCUUCACUUAGUCAUGCAUUGAUGUUAAGGUUUCAAAAUUCCAGUAACUUUCCCAAAAUUCCCAGAAGUUGGUUGGAAUGGAAUCUGGAGGGAAUAAGCUGCAAGGGCAUUCUCCAACCUGGAGUUCCUCAUCUGGAAGUUUUUUUUUUAAAACAGUACAUUUUGGGAAAGUUGAUGUCAAUGGGAGAGUAGUUAGGAUUCGCCACUAAUACGCCCUUCAGUCAUCUUACACUUAUUUUCAUGGCAGCUUGAUCGCAAGGGCCAAGACAAAUCAUAAUUUACCACCCAGUGAUGGUUGUCACUUAAAAUAAUAUACCAGUGACUCACACCCCUGUCCCCUGCUUGUCCGUAGGAGAUGGCAUCUCUAGCUAUGCCCAGGACCCUGCUGCUGCAGGGCUCAGUCUGAGGAAGUGCCUGGACAGUGCACUGGCAGCCGUCCCUGCAAACCAGCGAAGGGAAACUCCUGUGUACCUUGGUGCUACCGCUGGCAUGCGACUCUUGCAGUAAGUCUAGACUGCACUAUCUUGAUAGGUGUAAUCAUUUCCAUUUACCACAUCCCAAUACUACGACUUUAUGAAUGAAUGUGCUAGGAAAACGUCCCACUAAUCUACACUCUUAGAAAAAAAGUUGCUAUCUAGAACCUAAAACAGUUCUUCGGCUGUCCCCAUAGGAGAACCCUUUUUGAAGAACCCCUUUUGGUUCCAGGUAGAACCCUUUUGGGUUCCAUGUAAAACCCUUUCCACAGAGGGUUCUACCUGGAACCACAAAGCGUUCUCCUAUGGGGACAGCCAAAGUCCUUUUUUUCUAAGAGUGUAUUUAACCUCCUGUACAUAUUGACUGGGUGCUGUAUGCUCUUUCAGGCUGCAGAACUUGGUUUUAAUAAUAAAGUAGCAUUUCUGAAAUCUACUUCCAUUGUCCGGUAAGAGUGGCUGAAUAUUUUCCUCUCCUCAGGCUACAGAAUCACACCCAGUCUGAUCAGGUGUUGGAGCAUGUAACCAAGGUGAUCCAGGGGUAUCCCAUUGACUUCCGGGGGGCACGGAUCCUAUCUGGGAUGGAGGAAGGGGCAUACGGAUGGAUCACCAUCAACUAUCUACAAGACAGCUUCAUCAAGGUGUGUAUAGGGCACACAUACACACACACACACACACACACACACACACACACACACACACACAAUACUGAAAGGCCCAUCUAUGAGGUUGAGUCAAAGUGGUACCCUUGACUGAAGUGCUCCGACUACAGAGGCUUGGUCUCCCAAGACAAUGGUAUCAAGCUUGUUUAGGCAAAAUUAACAGAGGUUUGUGGAUAUACAGUAGGAGUACCAUUUAUAACUACUGUAAUAACUUGUUAUAAUGGUGAAUUGCAGGUCUUUGCAGUUUAACAUUAUAGCUAACAUACAGUAUUUGUACUUCUCCUGAGCAGCACACCUUUGAGGGAGAAUGGGUGAGCCCUAAAGGAAGGAAGAUCUGGGGUGCCCUGGACAUGGGAGGCUCUUCUACCCAGAUAGCCUUUACCCCCGUCCAGCCUGUACAGGACCCUGCCUCCGCCCUGGGACCCAAGCUCUAUGGUUACCAAUAUGAGGUGUAUACACACAGCUACCUGUGCUAUGGCAAGGAGCAGGCCAUGAGGCAGCUACUGGUUCAUCUACUGAAGGUACUGUAAGUAGCUGUCUGGUCACCUGUUAGAUAUGACUCAAAGAAAUUGCAGAAUGGUUUUGGGUACUGUAAAAAUGCCAGGUAAACUCCCCCUACAAGUAAAUAUAAAACCAGUUUUCAGGAAGCCACUGGACGCCUCAGACACAUUUGUUAUAUAUCUUUUUAAAAUUGUAUUACGGGUCAGAGGAGCAUCCUGCAUCAUGGUAAAAAUAAUCAUAGUACAUACUCUGCUGUUUUAUCGCACGUGCAAUGAUGUCCAAGGGGAAAAACUUGUUCGUUGUUUAAAGUAACGUCUUUGUUGUUGUAAUAUUGCAAGCAGACGUGGCAGUUUAACCGCUAUGGAUUCCAGCUUUAAAGCACAUCAUAAAUAUCUUUGGGCCAAUCUAAUUGCCCUAAAGCUGUUUGACUGAAUGCGUCUCAGUUGAGUCAGAAGCAUUUUAUGGCUGUUUAAAGAGCUGUUUUUCUUUUGAUUCAAGCAAACUUCUUCCUCUCUCAGAUGAGUGGGUCUACCCGCCCAGUCAAGCACCCCUGCUACCACCUGGGCUACAACCUAACCCGGACUCUGGGUGACCUCUAUGACUCCCCCUGCGUGGCCAGACCUGUGACCUUUGACCCGGCCUCAGCGGUCACCUUUACAGGGACCAGUGAGCCGUUGCAGUGUUUCAACCAGAUGAAGAACAUCAUGAACCUGACUGCCUGCUCUCUGGCCCCUGCCUGUGGCUUCAACGGGGUCUACCAGCCCCCAGUCAGUGGCUACUUCUUUGUGAGUAUCCAUCCCAUACCUACGCAAACCCUACUCAACUGGCACUCCAGGCAGGCUCAAUCAAACAAUCCAAUUUGAAAGAUGUCUGAACCCUAUGUACAGUAUAUAUUGUCACCAUCAUACUGUUUCUUCUCUCUAGGCUUUCUCAACGUACUAUUACACCUUUGACUUCCUUGGUCUGGCUCCUCAGUCCUCUCUGUCUCAGGCUACCACCACUAUAGACACUUUCUGUAAAAGGACCUGGGACUCGGUGAGAUAUAGAGAUCUCUGCUGACCUUUCACAUUGUCAGUACACUUCCUAAAACUGUAUACCGGUAUACAGAUUCAUAAAUUCAUACUCAAUCACAGCUAAACAGCUAAACACAAACUAUAGUAUUUCUCAUAAUAACCCCAUUCACAAUGGGGCAGAUUCAGAUUUAGGAAUUUCUACCUUUCCUACACACGCCUUUCUUUUUAGAUUAGAGAGUUUAAUAGUCACAUGUACAAGGUUGCAGAUGUAAUUACAGGGCAGCAGGUAGCUGACUAGUGGUGGCUAUUCACCACGGUGCCCGCGUGGUUGACCAUUUCAGCUCCUCAGAGAUGUGUUUUUGACCGUCUCCAUGGUGGCCCCGUUGAUGAGGAUGGGGACGUGCCUAGCCUGGUUCCUCCUGAAGUCCACAAUCAGCUCCUUUGUUUUGCUGAUGUUGAGGGAGAGGUUGCUUACCUGGCACCACGCCGUCAGAGUGCCUACCUCCUCUCUGUAGACCGUCUCGUCGUGGUUGGCAAUCAGGCCUACUGCUGUCGUGUCGUCAGCUAACUUUCCUACGCACUUCUCAGUAUUUGGUAUUCAGACUUACCUUAUUCAGUCGGAUAACACACUCUGCAGGUAUGCCUACCUUGCUGAAUAAAUAUAAUUCAACCGCUGAAAACACUCCCACUUGCUGGUCAACAGAUUUUCUUAAGCCAUCCCUUUAAAUACAGUGUACCUUUUAGGUAGAAUUUUGUCAACAGAAAACAUACAGGAUAUAUCGAGAGAACGUGUUCAGAAUAUUAGGGAUCAUCGAAAGAAAUCCAUCUAAAUAUAGGGAUGUAGCUCAGUUGGUAGAGCAUGGCGUUUGCAACGCCAGGGUUGUGGGUUCGAUUCCCACGGGGGGCCAGUAUGAAAAAAAUAAAAAAUAAAAAUGUAUGCACUCACUAACUGUAAGUCGCUCUGGAUAAGAGCGUCUGCUAAAAUGUAAAUGUAAAUGAUAUUCGUUUCCUUUUCAGCCCCAAUUUAUAGAUUUAAAAAUACUCUGAUCUUGUAGAUUAUUUAGCUUUAGGAAAGUGUUUUUGAAUCAUAAAAACAGGUUGGGAGAGCCUUUACGCAUGAAAGAAAGAUAACGGUGGUUUUAUUAAUUCAGAAAAUUGCCACAUUCAGUUCUUCAAACCAUGGCAAUGUUGGAAGAUUAGUAUAUAUAGAAUUAUAAUAGGGAGAAUAGUGUACAAUAGUAGGCUAUACCUUCGUCUAUUGCCUGCACUAACCAUGGAACUGUGUGAUGACAUUGCCAAGUAUUGCGCCAAGUAUCGGGUUCAAUCUGUUACGGCUUGGCCUGUGCUCCGCUCCAUAACGAUUUAAUUAGCCGACAUGUAUUUUUUUUAUAUUAUCAACUGUUACUAAUGAUUCUCAGCAACAACCACAUGGCAGUGAUGGUGUUUACAAAGGAAGCAAAUGAAAGUAAAUGAGACAAUGUAAUUAAAUGUAAUGGUAAUGUAGGCUAUACCAACUGAAGUGAACUAAAAGUAAAUUGGCAGUUGAAUAUGUGUGGUUAUUAGGGCUACUGAUGGUCGAUACUAAUAUUUAACAUGAUAGAAAUAGGAGACGGAGAAAGUCAGGGUAGCCAAACUGAUUAAUUAUUUACCUAGCUCUUAUCAAGUUGUAAAUUAUUAUUAUUAUUAUUAUUAUUAUUAUUAUUAUUAUUAUAAAUUACAGUGCAUGGAGAAUGGUGUUAUUUCUAUCAAAAAAAAUAAGUAGAUGCUUUUUCCACUGGACCUUAUUCAUGGUUUUCAAGUCAAGGUCAGAAUACAGCAUAUCUGUAGACACACCUUCAUUUAUUAGAUCACCCCCAACAAAUAGUGGGUGAAUAGCAUGCUAUUCUCAUGCUUAAAUUCAAGGUCAGAAUACGCAUAGAGAGAAAAGUGCACUUACACCACUUAACUCGGGUCAAAAUCGGCCCCGAUAUUACUACAACUUUGUUUAUGAUAAUAACCAUUAUUUUGGCAGCUCAAGACAGAGUAUAGUGAAAAAGACAAGUACCUUCGUGAUUACUGUGCCUCCGCCAACUACAUAAUGACAGUACUACUAGACGGCUACAAGUUCAACCAGACCUGGGGAAACAUAUACUUCCAGAGACAGGUGUGUGUUUAACUAUACACUUGUGUAUUGAAAUAUGUAAAACAUCAACAUCCAAUUCGAUUUAACUUCAGGACACUGAAUGAAAUUUUACCACAGAAUUAAUGAAAAAAUGACUGUUUUUGUGUGGCAUUGAAUGUGAAUAGCUGUGCUACCUCAAUGAAGCUGUGUGUCUAUCAUAUGCAUACAUAUAUGUUUAUAGACAUCAUUGUCUAUCAGGUGGCAGACACAGACAUCAGCUGGACGCUUGGCUACAUGUUGAACCUGACCAACCUGAUCCCUUCAGAGCGCCCCCUGGUGGUGACAGGUGUGCAGAAUGGCCAGUGGGCAGCAGAGGUCUUCUUCAUAGCGUUUGCUGUGUUCCUCAGCCUGAUGGUGCUAGCCAUACUGUGGCUCUGGAACCCACGAGGCAACACAACAAUCGAUGCAAUCACACUCUGA